AUGAAACUUGCAUUGAGUGCUGCGGCGGUUGUUUCACUUCUUGUGAGCACCGCAUCUGCGAACCCAGUGUUGGGCUAUAACAAACAGAACGUCCUUUCCUUCAAGGAUAAACAGCAACAUCGCCACCCAAUUCUCGACAAGUACUUGAAAGAGGGCCUGUUUGAUCAAGGUCUUGUUGAUGAGAAGAUUUCUGAGGCGUGGGAAUUGCUGGAGGAGACUGUGGACGCCUCCAAAAUAGAGGAGGAGCUCAAGCGUUAUAGCUCAGAAGAGUUUAAGGCUCCGAAAAGUGCGCUCAGACAGCCCGAGUUGAAAGACACAGCCAAUUAUGAGCACAUCAACUUGGCGGAGUUUAGCUCCUUGUAUGGGUUAAGAGUGAAAAAGCAUGUGGAGUCAAACCCUUCUGUUCUAGGAGUCGAUACGGUCGAACAGUGGACAGGUUACUUUGACAUCAAUGAGGAGGACAAGCACUUGUUUUUCUGGUUUUUCGAAAGUAGAAACGACCCAGAGAACGACCCGGUUAUCCUUUGGUUGAAUGGAGGACCUGGUUGUUCCUCGAUGACUGGGUUAUUCUUUGAGUUGGGUCCAUCCUCUAUUAACGGUACCACCUUGACCCCUGUCUCCAACCCAUAUUCAUGGAAUUCAAACGCUUCGGUUAUUUUCCUCGAGCAACCAGUUGGCGUCGGAUACUCGUAUGCUGAAAAAAGUACGGUCUCUUCCACCAAGCAAGCAGCAGAGGACGUUUAUGCAUUUCUACAGCUCUUCUUUGCAAAGUUUAUCACUUUUGCCUCGAACGAUUUCCACAUAGCUGGUGAAUCAUAUGCCGGCCAUUACAUUCCAAAUAUUGCAAGUGUAAUUGCAAAUAAAGAGGACAAAUUUUUCAGUUUGACUUCUGUAAUGAUCGGUAACGGUAUCACUGACGCAUUGAUCCAAUACUACUACUACAUUCCAAUGGCAUGCAAUGCCACCGAAUCCGGAUACAAGCAAUUAAUUCCUGAUGACGAAUGUGAAGACUUGGAGAAAAUGUACCCCAGGUGUGCAGCAUUGAUUAACACGUGCUACAGAUCGCAAACGGCAUUGACCUGUUUACCGGCAAAUCUAUACUGCGAGAGAAUGAUGACCCCAUUUGAGAAAACGGGUUUGAAUUAUUACGAUAUCAGAAAGCCAUGCUUGGGCGACGGAUGCUAUCCACAAAUGAGCGCCAUAGAUGAGUACUUGAACAAACCCGAAGUCAUGUCCGCAUUGGGCUCUGAAGUCAAGUCUUAUGUUGGCUGUGACAACCAAGUCUUUAGAAAUUUUAUCCUUUCCGGUGACGAACCUAAACCUUUCCAACAGUUCGUUGCUGAAAUUUUGGAACUGAAUAUUCCUGUGUUGAUCUAUGCAGGAGACAAAGACUACAUUUGUAACUGGUUAGGAAACCAAGGGUGGUCUAAUGAGCUAAGCUGGUCUGGAAAGGAGUCUUUUAAUGCCGCCAACACAACUAACUGGUAUUCAAAAGCAAACGGAUCACAUGCAGGAACUGCCAAAUCUAACGGAUUGCUGACAUUCUUGAGGGUUUUUGAUGCUGGUCAUAUGGUUCCGUUCGAUCAACCAUCCCACAGUUUGGAUAUGGUGAACAGAUGGAUUAGCGGAGAUUAUCUAUUUGCCUAG